GGUGGAACAUGGCAUUUCCCAUUCCCUCGCACGGCUCAAGGGCUAGCAGCAGCAUGUGAGCAAUGCAUGGGGACGGGGAGGACCGCUCUGCAAAUGGCAACGAGCUGGGGAGCCGAGCCGCCAAUUGGCAAUAGCAGUUGCGAAUCGUUAGCCAGCAUGAAAACGAUUCUGAUCAAUGCAGAUAACCCCGAGAGCAGCGAGAAUGCCCAGGGCAGGAGUGAGGCGCAGCAAGUUGAUCCGUCGAGAUGCACAGGAGGAGGCACUUGCCCAGGGAAAGCAGGGGAGCCCAGUGCCAGAGCGCGCGCGCUGAAUCUCACCUCCCGUAAGAGAGCUCCUCCUAAAGAACACAGAAGUGGCCAGAGACUAGUGGUACAGUACAUAGUGCCCUGCAUGAACUCCUACGGCUUGUGCAUAGUAGACAAUUUCCUGGGACACAAAAUUGGAGACAAAGUCUUACAAGAAGUCAAAGCUCUGCACCUGAGUGACAAAUUCCAGGAUGGAGAGCUGGCAAGUCAGAAAUCAGGCAGCACUAAGGCUAUUCGCGGGGACAAGAUAUUGUGGGUGGAGGGCAAUGAACAAGGAUGUGAAAAUAUAGGCUAUCUUCUGUCCAGAAUGGAUAAACUCAUCAUGUACGCAGAUGGGAAACUUGGGAAUUACAAAAUUAGAGGAAGACAUAAGUAUGUGACUGUAGUAGCUGCGUACAUGCUGAGGGAGAAUUCCUCAAUGGCGGAGACCACGCCCCCCCGGGGUUUGGGGUGGGGCCUGCUAAACCACAAAACACACCUCCUUUAG